GAACAGAAAGGCUUGGCCGCAUAGAGGGAGGCGCCUUUAGUGCUCUCCUGAAACCAAAGCCUUUGAAGAUUAAAAAAAAAACUUCAAGCAAAGAGGACAUAACCUGAAAAGUUGGACGCAUGAGAAUUAUGUACCUUUAAAGGACAUCGUUGUGUGAAUUUUCAUCGCCAAGCCAUGCUCCACGGCCGACCAGGGGCUUGCUGGGGAAAAGUGUCUGACCUCACUGGCGCGCACGCAGAUUGGACUAAAACGCAUUGGAUAGCAGGUGGGCCAAGAUGGAGGACGAGGAGGAGAGACAGACCAGGGGUGACCACCAGACCAUCAGCAGGUGCACCUUACCACCUGAGGAAUGUGAAGGUGCUGCUGUGGAUGGUUGUCUCUCUGCUGCCCCUGGUGGAGGGGGCCUGUAUGGGUGCUGGUUUGGAGGCAGACUCUGUCCAGGCUGUGGGACUGGUGGGAGGGAUGGGGGAAAGGCAGCUCCCAGACACUCUACCUGAGGUGGAUGAGGAACAAGAGGAGAAGAGUGACCCGUACUCCCCCUGGCAUGGCCUCUAUGACCUCUCUGUGAUGGACGAAGUGGACGACCACCCUAGUGGCCGGUGGGGGAGACGUUCCCCUCGCAACACCGACGCCGAACCAAAAGGCUCGGCCAAGAAAAAGAAGAGGAGGAAGAAGAAAGAGAGGGAUAGAAAGGGCAAAGGGAAGGGCCGGCAGCCCCAGCAGAGCAGCCCAGACUGCAGGGUGGAGAAACGAGAGAUGCGGGUGCGGGACUUGGGCCUGGGCUUCGACUCGGACGAGAUCGUCCUAUUCAAGUUUUGCGUGGGAUCCUGCCAGUCGUCCAGGACCAACUACGACCUGGCUCUAAGGGCCCUGAUGGAGGACGGGUCCCUGCCGCGGAGGACCUCCCGGCGAGUCAGCGCCCACCCCUGCUGCCGGCCCGACAGCUACGAGCCCGUGUCCUUCAUGGACGCCCACACCGCGUGGCAGACCAUCCAGUCACUGUCGGCGGCCAGCUGCAUGUGUAUGGGCUGAGGGAGCCAGCCUGGAGGAGGGAGAAUAGGAGGGGGUGGCGACUGGCUGUCACUCACCCCUGCCUGAGAAUAUACAAAUGGUGGCUCGCCAUUGAGGCCUAGGGAGAGCCUCUGGGUUCUGGAAGGGCAGAAGUGGUCGCUCCGAAACAUAUGCAGCGGGGCUGGUCCCCAGUACAAAGCAGAAUGGAGAUUCUGUAGUGUCUAUGAUGGUGGAGCGAGGCCACGCCUCUUCCCGUUGUCAAUUUCUUGUUGAGGAUAAGUGGAUUUGUUGGCAAUGGGAAACUGUCAUGAGUGAAUGGCAAGACGGUGACCACACAAUGGUGGGAUUUGAAUAUUCACAGCAGUUGGGAUAUGUAUAAGACUGACCUGGGGUACUGCUGAAAAUAUUGACUCAAAGGUCUCAAAGAGGACCACAUCGCAUUGCAUUUGACCACAGGUCGACAAGCUCAAAACACUUUUGACAAUGUCAACAUACAGUAUGUUAAUUCCUUCAAAACAGAGAUCUUCCAUACCAUAAUUGCAUUUUUCAGUGUUGACUUGAACUCUACCAAAUGGAUGCCAUGCAUCUCUUUGAAUUACUGUAUUAUAACCAACAUAUUUAUCACAAAUAAGUUAUUUAUUUAUUAUUGUUUCAUAUGAGAUGGACUGUAGAUUUAUAUUUAUUGUCAUGAUCACAUAUCCCGUGGGUUGUGUUGCUGGGUCCUUUGUCAUUGAAUUGUGUGGGAUGUUGUUUUGAAACAUCAAAAAGAUCAGAAGAAGUGGCAAGAACCUCAACCAAGGUUGGGGGAGUAAUGGAUUACAUGUAGCGGAUUACAUUUUUUUAUAAACUGUAAUCCGUUACAUUAACAGCAAAAAUAUUGUUAUCAGAUUACAGAUACUUUUGAAAAAACAAAAUGAUUACUUCUAGGAUUACUUUUACCCCAUUCACGUCCUUGUACUAUAUUUAGUACAAUAUCAAAAUGCACCACUGAACAAAUUCUGUUUGGUGUAAAUGCAUGAAUGCAAGUGUCUAGACAGGACACAUUGAAAUGUGGUGUCAACAUAGUUACUGCAAGUGUCUAGACAGGACACAUUGAAAUGUGGUGUCAACAUAGUUACUGCAAGUGUCUAGACAGGACACAUUGAAAUGUGGUGUCAACAUAGUUACUGCAAGUGUCUAGACAGGACACAUUGAAAUGUGGCGUCAACAUAGUUACUACAAGUGUCUAGACAGGACACAUUGAAAUGUGGUGUCAACAUAGUUACUGCAAGUGUCUAGACAGGACACAUUGAAAUGUGGUGUCAACAUAGUUACUGCAAGUGUCUAGACAGGACACAUUGAAAUGUGGCGUCAACAUAGUUACUGCAAGUGUCUAGACAGGACACAUUGAAAUGUGGUGUCAACAUAGUUACUGCAAGUGUCUAGACAGGACACAUUGAAAUGUGGUGUCAACAUAGUUACUGCAAGUGUCUAGACAGGACACAUUGAAAUGUGGUGUCAACAUAGUUACUGCAAGUGUCUAGACAGGACACAUUGAAAUGUGGUGUCAACAUAGUUACUGCAAGUGUCUAGACAGGACACAUUGAAAUGUGGUGUCAACAUAGUUACUGCAAGUGUCUAGACAGGACACAUUGAAAUGUGGUAUCAACAUAGUUACUGCAAGUGUCUAGACAGGACACAUUGAAAUGUGGUGUCAACAUAGUUACUGCAAGUGUCUAGACAGGACACAUUGAAAUGUGGUGUCAACAUAGUUACUGCAAGUGUCUAGACAGGACACAUUGAAAUGUGGUGUCAACAUAGUUACUGCAAGUGUCUAGACAGGACACAUUGAAAUGUGGUGUCAACAUAGUUACUGCAAGUGUCUAGACAGGACACAUUGAAAUGUGGUGUCAACAUAGUUACUGCAAGUGUCUAGACAGGACACAUUGAAAUGUGGUGUCAACAUAGUUACUGCAAGUGUCUAGACAGGACACAUUGAAAUGUGGUGUCAACAUAGUUACUGCAAGUGUCUAGACAGGACACAUUGAAAUGUGGUGUCAACAUAGUUACUACAAGUGUCUAGACAGGACACAUUGAAAUGUGGUGUCAACAUAGUUACUACAAGUGUCUAGACAGGACACAUUGAAAUGUGGCGUCAACAUAGUUACUGCAAGUGUCUAGACAGGACACAUUGAAAUGUGGUGUCAACAUAGUUACUGCAAGUGUCUAGACAGGACACAUUGAAAUGUGGUGUCAACAUAGUUACUGCAAGUGUCUAGACAGGACACAUUGAAAUGUGGUAUCAACAUAGUUACUGCAAGUGUCUAGACAGGACACAUUGAAAUGUGGCGUCAACAUAGUUACUGCAAGUGUCUAGACAGGACACAUUGAAAUGUGGCGUCAACAUAGUUACUACAAGUGUCUAGACAGGACACAUUGAAAUGUGGUGUCAACAUAGUUACUGCAAGUGUCUAGACAGGACACAUUGAAAUGUGGUGUCAACAUAGUUACUGCAAGUGUCUAGACAGGACACAUUGAAAUGUGGCGUCAACAUAGUUACUGCAAGUGUCUAGACAGUACACAUUGAAAUGUGGCGUCAACAUAGUUACUGCAAGUGUCUAGACAGGACACAUUGAAAUGUGGCGUCAACAUAGUUACUGCAAGUGUCUAGACAGGACACAUUGAAAUGUGGUGUCAACAUAGUUACUGCAAGUGUCUAGACAGGACACAUUGAAAUGUGGCGUCAACAUAGUUACUGCAAGUGUCUAGACAGGACACAUUGAAAUGUGGUGUCAACAUAGUUACUGCAAGUGUCUAGACAGGACACAUUGAAAUGUGGUGUCAACAUAGUUACUGCAAGUGUCUAGACAGGACACAUUGAAAUGUGGUGUCAACAUAGUUACUGCAAGUGUCUAGACAGGACACAUUGAAAUGUGGUAUCAACAUAGUUACUGCAAGUGUCUAGACAGGACACAUUGAAAUGUGGUAUCAACAUAGUUACUGCAAGUGUCUAGACAGGACACAUUGAAAUGUGGCGUCAACAUAGUUACUGCAAGUGUCUAGACAGGACACAUUGAAAUGUGGUGUCAACAUAGUUACUGCAAGUGUCUAGACAGGACACAUUGAAAUGUGGUGUCAACAUAGUUACUGCAAGUGUCUAGACAGGACACAUUGAAAUGUGGUGUCAACAUAGUUACUGCAAGUGUCUAGACAGGACACAUUGAAAUGUGGUGUCAACAUAGUUACUGCAAGUGUCUAGACAGGACACAUUGAAAUGUGGCGUCAACAUAGUUACUGCAAGUGUCUAGACAGGACACAUUGAAAUGUGGUGUCAACAUAGUUACUGCAAGUGUCUAGACAGGACACAUUGAAAUGUGGUGUCAACAUAGUUACUGCAAGUGUCUAGACAGGACACAUUGAAAUGUGGUGUCAACAUAGUUACUGCAAGUGUCUAGACAGGACACAUUGAAAUGUGGCGUCAACAUAGUUACUGCAAGUGUCUAGACAGGACACAUUGACAUGUGGUGUGGUCCUUCUGUAGCUCAGUUGGUAGAGCAUGGCGCUUGUAACGCCAGGGUAGUGGGUUCGAUUCCCGGGACCACCCAUACGUAGAAUGUAUGCACACAUGACUGUAAGUCGCUUUGGAUAAAAGCGUCUGCUAAAUGGCAUAUAUAUAUAUAUAUAUAUAAACAUAGUUACUGCAAGUGUCUAGACAGGACACAUUGAAAUGUGGUGUCAACAUAGUUACUGCAAGUGUCUAGACAGGACACAUUGAAAUGUGGUGUCAACAUAGUUACUACAAGUGUCUAGACAGGACACAUUGAAAUGUGGUGUCAACAUAGUUACUGCAAGUGUCUAGACAGGACACAUUGAAAUGUGGUGUCAACAUAGUUACUGCAAGUGUCUAGACAGGACACAUUGAAAUGUGGUGUCAACAUAGUUACUGCAAGUGUCUAGACAGGACACAUUGAAAUGUGGCGUCAACAUAGUUACUGCAAGUGUCUAGACAGGACACAUUGAAAUGUGGUGUCAACAUAGUUACUGCAAGUGUCUAGACAGGACACAUUGAAAUGUGGUGUCAACAUAGUUAAUGCAAGUGUCUAGACAGGACACAUUGAAAUGUGGUGUCAACAUAGUUAAUGCAAGUGUCUAGACAGGACACAUUGAAAUGUGGUGUCAACAUAGUUACUGCAAGUGUCUAGACAGGACACAUUGAAAUGUGGUGUCAACAUAGUUACUGCAAGUGUCUAGACAGGACACAUUGAAAUGUGGUGUCAACAUAGUUACUGCAAGUGUCUAGACAGGACACAUUGAAAUGUGGUGUCAACAUAGUUACUGCAAGUGUCUAGACAGGACACAUUGAAAUGUGGCGUCAACAUAGUUACUGCAAGUGUCUAGACAGGACACAUUGAAAUGUGGUGUCAACAUAGUUACUGCAAGUGUCUAGACAGGACACAUUGAAAUGUGGUAUCAACAUAGUUACUGCAAGUGUCUAGACAGGACACAUUGAAAUGUGGCGUCAACAUAGUUACUGCAAGUGUCUAGACAGGACACAUUGAAAUGUGGCGUCAACAUAGUUACUGCAAGUGUCUAGACAGGACACAUUGAAAUGUGGUGUCAACAUAGUUACUGCAAGUGUCUAGACAGGACACAUUGAAAUGUGGUAUCAACAUAGUUACUGCAAGUGUCUAGACAGGACACAUUGAAAUGUGGUGUCAACAUAGUUAAUGCAAGUGUCUAGACAGGACACAUUGAAAUGUGGUGUCAACAUAGUUACUGCAAGUGUCUAGACAGGACACAUUGAAAUGUGGUGUCAACAUAGUUACUGCAAGUGUCUAGACAGGACACAUUGAAAUGUGGUGUCAACAUAGUUACUGCAAGUGUCUAGACAGGACACAUUGAAAUGUGGUGUCAACAUAGUUACUGCAAGUGUCUAGACAGGACACAUUGAAAUGUGGUGUCAACAUAGUUACUGCAAGUGUCUAGACAGGACACAUUGAAAUGUGGUGUCAACAUAGUUACUGCAAGUGUCUAGACAGGACACAUUGAAAUGUGGUGUCAACAUAGUUACUGCAAGUGUCUAGACAGGACACAUUGAAAUGUGGUAUCAACAUAGUUACUGCAAGUGUCUAGACAGGACACAUUGAAAUGUGGUGUCAACAUAGUUACUGCAAGUGUCUAGACAGGACACAUUGAAAUGUGGUGUCAACAUAGUUACUGCAAGUGUCUAGACAGGACACAUUGAAAUGUGGUGUCAACAUAGUUACUGCAAGUGUCUAGACAGGACACAUUGAAAUGUGGUGUCAACAUAGUUACUGCAAGUGUCUAGACAGGACACAUUGAAAUGUGGUGUCAACAUAGUUACUGCAAGUGUCUAGACAGGACACAUUGAAAUGUGGUGUCAACAUAGUUACUGCAAGUGUCUAGACAGGACACAUUGAAAUGUGGUGUCAACAUAGUUACUGCAAGUGUCUAGACAGGACACAUUGAAAUGUGGUGUCAACAUAGUUACUGCAAGUGUCUAGACAGGACACAUUGAAAUGUGGUAUCAACAUAGUUACUGCAAGUGUCUAGACAGGACACAUUGAAAUGUGGUAUCAACAUAGUUACUGCAAGUGUCUAGACAGGACACAUUGAAAUGUGGUGUCAACAUAGUUACUGCAAGUGUCUAGACAGGACACAUUGAAAUGUGGUAUCAACAUAGUUACUGCAAGUGUCUAGACAGGACACAUUGAAAUGUGGUAUCAACAUAGUUACUGCAAGUGUCUAGACAGGACACAUUGAAAUGUGGUGUCAACAUAGUUACUGCAAGUGUCUAGACAGGACACAUUGAAAUGUGGUAUCAACAUAGUUACUGCAAGUGUCUAGACAGGACACAUUGAAAUGUGGUGUCAACAUAGUUACUGCAAGUGUCUAGACAGGACACAUUGAAAUGUGGUGUCAACAUAGUUACUGCAAGUGUCUAGACAGGACACAUUGAAAUGUGGUGUCAACAUAGUUACUGCAAGUGUCUAGACAGGACACAUUGAAAUGUGGCGUCAACAUAGUUACUGCAAGAGGACACAAAUAAUGACAAUCAAAAUUGGGAUUUUGAGAAAAUCUGAAAAAGUAAUUAAUAUGACUAUGUAUUUUGAAAUACAUUUCAGAAUGAAAUAGUUGAAAAGCAUAUAGUAUUGUUAUGUGACCUGUUCAAAGCCCAAAUAUAUGAUUCAACUCAUUGUUGUUUGUAAACUACAGACCUUUCUGUAUCGUACAAUAGUUUCUCUUUGGUCAAGUCAUGUGAAUGUUCAAAGGAUCAGAUCUUUAUUUUAUUUUAUUUAACUUUUAUUUAACUAGGCAAGUCAGUUAAGACCACAUUUUUAUUUACAAUGACGGCCUACCCCAGCCAAACCCUAACUGGGAUGACGCUGGGCCAAUUGUGCGCCGCACUAUGGGACUCCCAAUCAUAACUGGUUGUGAUACAGCCCGGAAUCGAACCAGGGUCUGUAGUGACACCUCUAGCACUGAGAUGCAGUGCCUUAGACUGCUGCACCACUCGGGAGCCCCAUCUUAAUAAUGUUUGGUAUAUAGAUUUUCUGGACCAAUAUAUAAAUCUAAAAACAAUAUCUAAAGACACCCCAGUGGGGGAAAAAGUACUCAAUUGUCAUACUUGAGUAAAAGUAAAGAUACCUUCAUAGAAAAUGACUCAAGUAAAAGUCACCCAGUAACAUCCUAUUUGAGUAAAAGUCUAAAAGUAUUUGGUUUUAAAUAUACUUAAGUAUCAAAAGUAAGAGUAUAAGUAAUUUCAAAUUCCUUAUAUUAAGCAAACCAGACAGCACCAUUUUAUUGUUUUUUAAAUGUAUAGAUAGCCAGGGGCACGCUCCAACACAAACAUCAUUUACAUGCAAAGUAUGUGUUUAGUGAGUCCGCCAGAUCAGAGGCAGUCGGGAUGACCAGGGAUGUUCUCUUGAUGUGUGUGAAUUAGACCAUUUUCCUGUCCUGCUAAUCAUUAAAAUGUAACGAGUACUUUUGGGUGUCAGGGAAAAUGUAUGGAGUAAAACGUACAUUAUUUUCUUUAGGAAUGUAGUGGAGUAAAAGUAAAAGCUAUCAAAACUAUAAAUAGUGAAGUAAUGUACAGAUCCCCCCCCAAAACUACUUAAGUAGUACUUUCAAGUAUUUUUACUUAAGUACUUUACACCACUGAGAAAUCCACAACACUCACACACAGUAGAUUAUACGGUGUAAGCAAACCCAUGUAGAUUGUGGCAUGCUGCAGCAUUCUUCCUCUUUCUCUUCAUUGCUCACAAGCACACGUGUACACACACCUAUGACAGACAUUGAUGGCUGUGGAAUGUGUUUACAAAGUAUUUAUGAAACCUUUCUGUUUUCACAAUUACGUUCAAAUCAGCAUUGAAAAAAGCCGAAAAUACACGUGUUUCCGCUUGAGUCUGAGAUCACUAUGUUGACACACCAAAUGUGUUUGAUGAUGGGUCGUGAUAAAAGAGCAGGCAUAGGCUUUUGUUGGCUACAGUGCAAGCAAGCUACGUCUUCCAAUGGUGCUACUGCUGUCGCCAUCCAAAGAUUAUCCUAUUUAAAUAAGCACAAGGAAGACAGCAGUGGUGUAGCCCACAGGCCAUACCGAAAUCACUUAUUAUUGUUAUCUACAUAGUGCAUUGAUGUGAAUCACACUGGUGCUCUCUCAUUUAGCUAUUUGCCUUACGGAUUGUGGUUGUUGUGGAUGUCUGUUCACACGUGUAUACGUGUAUAUGUGUAUUUUAACCCAAUAAUGGUGGAAUUGAAGAAGUCUAAAUUGACUAUCAAUCAUUGUUUUUGCGACCAGUUGACAGCCAGUGAAAAAUGCGCUCUUGCAACAGCUGCAUAUAUAAUGCUGAUCCCAGCCAAUGGAAUACAAGUUUAAAGGAGUUCCUCCAUUCCAAUCUCCUCCAUGGUAUUGUGCUCUAUACUGUCAAAACUAGUUGAAUUGAAGGAGACCACAAGUGGGGAUUUUAUUGCACAAUAUAAUUCGUGUUGAUAAAGAAAACAUGUCCAUAGGUCAAAUGAACACAUGCUCACACUAGCGCACGUUUAGUAGACGUAAUUAAAUUAAACAGCUGCAAAUGAUCGAAAUAUCAAAGUGCCACCAACAAAAACGUAAAUAAUAGGCCUAUAAAUGCAGCAUAUGCAUUCAUUUUUCGGUAGUGCUCAAAGCAUGCGAUUCCAUGAGAGCAGCAUUUCUUUUUAAACUCGGAGCAACGAGCCCAAUCAGUCCUCUAUGACAACACAACCAUAAUCAACAGGUCUUUCGUUUUUGGGUUAUGCUCAGGUGUAACAAUUUGGCUCAUCUAUAUUUCCAUAUAUCCAAGUCCUAUUCUUGAAGAUGAAGGGGUAUGAAGAUAAUUGGAAUGACUGAAAAUCUGACAGACUUUGGUUUUAAAAGUAAAGAUUUAGCGAAAUCGUAUUAUUAUCUGUAUUGCAGUAGAAAGCAAUGUGUUAGAAGAAGCCUACAUAACCAACCCAUAAAGUAAAAUAUAACAUCCAUAUAUGGUGGGCUAUUUAAACUCUAACAUUGAUUUAUCCUGCAAUAGAUGUCAUUCAAUUGGUAAUAUUCAUUUGUUGUCCUCUUCUAGUGCUACUUAAGGGGAAAGUAAACUAAAAGUAACUGAAAGUAAUCAGAUUACUUUACUGAGUUGGGGUAAUCCAAAAGUUACCUUACAAAUGAAAGUGUUUGGACAGGUUACUAACUGUUACUAACUGUAACAGACUACAUUUAGAAAGUAACCUAGCCAACCCUGAUGUCAACAUAGAGUAUGUCUCAUUUCACACAAAGGAAGUUAAUAGUCCAGAAGUGGAAAACUUUACCAGGUUACAAGCUUAGUUGAGUUAUUUGUCAUUGUUGUUUCAGUAUUUCAGAGCAAUAUUACAGUCAAUAUUAUUAAUGUUAUUAUUAUUAUAAUCAUUAUUGAAAUGGUUUCCUGUAUUUUUGUACAAUGGCAUUAUUCUGUGUAGGAAUAAAGUAUUUCUA